CACACACACACACACACACACACACACACACACACACACACACACAGAGCUAUCACAGCCACAACUGAGUCACACAGGGGGAGAGAGAGAGAGAGAGUGAGCAAUGACCAGUCAGUGAAGGUCGGUCAAUGUCCAUGAAGCUUAAUUGGAUAAAGAGUUGGUACCUUGAGUGUCUCGGCAAAGAUUUCAUCCGUGGACAUUUCCCUGUGCUACUGAGAAACAUUGGAAAACUGUACCUCUCUUGUUGAGUUCAUUAGUAUUGAUAACUUUUCUCAUUGACACAGUUCCUCUAUAAGUGUGUAUGUAUGUGUGGUUUAGGAGAAAGGCAGUUUUUUCAUUAAGAGUGAGAGACUGUUAGUAUGAAUGGUCACCUUGAGGGAGAUGGGGGUUACAUCACCCUGAUAAGCUGGAGAUAAGACGUACUGAGCGUUGAGUGUUGCAUGACUCCCAGCAUCAUGUUUCUCCACGUGUCUGCCAGACAAGCAGCCUCCCUCCUCUCACCAGGCUAAGAGAGAGUCACUGCGUUUAAGUGGUCAGGAUGGCGGCAGGAACUAAAUACAAGGCAGUGGCGUUUGUCAGUGAGCCGGACGUGGGUCGUGGGGAUGAUGUGGAGGGCUGGACCACUCUGCCGCCCACUAACCGAGGCGUGGAGUACAGUGAGGCUGCAACGCUGCCACUCGGCUGUCCAAGUGUUGGGGAGAAGAUCAAUGAGUGGGAUGGCCGCACAGACAAGUUCACAGAGAAAAAGGAGUCAAAGGGGUGCGACGCCUGCUGCCGCUGCCUCCUCCGCUCCAAACACAAACUGCCAGAGGAGCCCACCAUGGCCCAGCGCAUCCACUACUCUCUCACCUGCCCACCCCAUGGCAAGGUGGGUGACAUCUUGCUGCGGCUGGUGAUUGGCACUGCGGUGUGGGGGUGCCUCAUCUGCAUCACGGGGCGGCUGGCACUGCCUGGCGGGAACCUGUUCAGCCUGGCAGUGCUGUACAUUGCAGCAGUGCUGUCUGGGAGAGCUUCAGCAGCAGUGGGCAUGCCUCCCUUGCUGGGCAGUCUGGUGGCCGGCAUUCUUUUUGAGAGUGUGCCGGGCAUCAACGCCGUGGGCCACAACGUGGAUGUGUUCUGGUCGUCUGUCAUCAGGAACCUGGUGCUGGUGAUCAUCUUGCUGCGUGCUGGCCUGGGGCUGGACCCGGCGGCGCUGCGGAAGCUGAGCUGUGUUGUGCUGCGGCUGGCCUUCCUUCCCUGUGUGGUGGAGGCUGUGGUGGCCGCCCUCAUGACCAAGCUUCUCCUCGGCUUACCUUGGCUGUGGAGCUUUAUGCUGGGGUUCAUUGUGGCUGCAGUGUCGCCAGCCGUGGUGGUGCCGGGUCUGCUCAAGCUUGCGGAGGAAGGGUACGGUGUGGAGGCCGGCAUUCCCACCCUUGUCAUUGCCGCGGCCAGCCUGGAUGACGUCCUGGCCAUCACCGGUUUCAGUGUCAUGAUGGGCCUGGCCUUUGCUGAGGGGUCGCUGGUGUGGACGUUAGCCAAGGGGCCGCUGGAGGUGGUGGCCGGUCUGGUGUACGGAGUGGUGUUUGGGUCACUGUGCUGGGUGCUGCCUCACCAGGAGAGCAAAGACCGACCUGCCUUCAAGUUUGUCAUUCUCUUCUGCCUUGGUUGUCUUGGCAUGUUUGGCAGCCAUAAGGUUGGCCUGGAGAGCUCUGGACCCAUUGCUGUAUUAUCCCUGGCCUUUGUGACCGGCCUGGGAUGGAGACAGUCGGCCAACAAGGAUGAGGAGGUGACCAGGUACUACCGAGCAUUGUGGGAAGUGUUCCAGCCGGCUCUCUUUGUCCUCAUCGGGGCGGAGAUUGAUGUUGGCAAGAUAGACGCCGGCACCAUUGGCUGGGGUCUGCUGGCAUUGUUGGUAUGUCUCAGCCUGCGUGUGGCCACCUCCUUCUUGGUGGUGAUGGGUGCUGGCUUCUCCCUGCUGGAGCGCCUCUUCAUAGCCAUCGCCUGGCUCCCCAAGGCCACUGUCCAGGCUGCCAUUGGCUCUCACGCGCUGGACUUUGUGAGGCAACACGGAAAUGACCCGGACGACAUCUUCAGAGGACAACAAGUGGUGACCAUUGCUGUCAUGGUGAUCCUGGUCACUGCACCAAUAGGAGCUGCUGCCAUCAAGCUCACCGGCCCUAAGUUCCUUGCCAGGCACCAGCCCCAUGACUCUCAGGCUUAGUUGUCAAGGAGAGCUACAGCAAAGAUGACAGUGUCCCUCACCCCAGCCAAGACACUAUUCCAGCCUUUUCUCACAGCCAUUGUACUUGUGUCCACCUCUACACUGCUGUCACUCCUCCAUUCCCCUGCUGCUCUGUUUGGAAAUCCACCUCUGUUCAUAAGAGCAACAGGGAAGCUGUAAGAAAUCAAUAACUCUCCAUAGAUGACCCUGUAUUAUUUACAUGCCUACAUUCAUCUUUCCUGUCCAUAAUUUUGCUUAAUAGUCUGUUAAAGCACCCUACUCUCUCUGAUCAAGGAGUCUAUUCCUGUCAUCUACCAUCCUAUGUCCACCUUUCCUGUCCACAAUGUUUGUCCCAUAGUCUCUUCAAGCAGCCUUCUGUCCAUCUCUGUAUGAAGUGUGUGCUCCAUUCACUUGUCACUGAUUAGAGAGCCAAUAUCUUCUUGUCUUUCUUUGUGUACAUCAGUGCCUUGUUUCUAUCAGGCAAUGAGCAAUUUUGACUUACACUUGAUAAAGUAAUGAAAUAUGAAUGUUUACACCUCAUAUUUCUUCACUUUCCUUAUUUUAGCAGGGAUUACAUUUAUACAACUCAGAUAAAUAUCAGCUGAUGGAUGUAACUGUUUCAGGAAGUGACAUACGUACUUGUAAGGCUGAUAUGCAAUGAUGUAUUACCAUAGAACUGUUAGUGUUUUACUGUUACAUGUUCCUGUACCUCUGUGUUCAAGUCUUUUAAGGUUGUGUUGCAUUCCUAACCCACAGUGGCAUUGUGUUUAUUCUUCCAAUCCCUACUACAUCAUUUGUAUUGCUGGAAAUGUGUCUUACGAGUCAUGUACUGAUUUAUGCCUUUAUAUGUAAAUUACAAAGAUAUUUAAUAUAAUGGAAGAAUAAACUAUGUCAUGGAUGCACUGAAGCCAUGGUGUAAGUUUAAGAUUCUCAUGAGUGUUGCAAUAGAGAGGAACACAAGCCGUCCACGCUGGUGUCUGGCACAGGGCUUUAUGGUGGCUGAGCUGUGGGAAUAGAGGAUUGCUAGGGGCUUUUCAGCUCAUACAGUAUUUCUUCCAUCCUCACUCAUCUGUCUGUCUAAGUAUGUCUAAAAUUCAAGUGGAUUCUGGUCUGCCUACACUGUCCUGUCUCUACAUUUGUGCCAGCCCCAGAUUGCCAAGACUGUUUUCAUUUAUCUUUCUGUUUCUGAAAACUGAUUUGAUCCCAAUUGAAAUCUUUGGUUCUACUGUAUUCAUGAAUCAGGUCCCUUCCUGUUUCCUGAGUCAAACUUGAAGUAUCUGUCUUUUACUACUUUUAUGAACCAGGUCUCCUCUACCUAAUGUGAACUCUCUGCUUCAAAUAAAUCCAGCCUGUUUCAUUUAUCUUUUCUAUUUGUGAUCCAGGUUCUCCUUGUCUGCCUCCUAACCCUCUACAAGGCCCACCAGCCAGCCAGCCAGCCUCUGUACCAGCACACCCUUAGGCAGUGCAGUGUGAUCAAAACAGAAGCUUUGAGGAAUGUUGUUGAUGUUUUGCUUUUGUGAUACCAAUGUACAAGCAACUGUGGCCUUAAUGAAUUCCUGCAUAUAUAUGUGAAUGUAUGUGUGUGUGUGUGUACUUAGAUCAUUGAUAGAAUAUUGUUGUUACUUGGAUAACUGCCUCAUUGUUGCUGCGGUUCACACAAACACUGCGCUGUGAGGCAAGCCAUUAGUUAUUCAGGGACAAGCCGCCUAAUUGCUGUAUUUUCUCUCAUUGGUUUUUGGUUGUAAGAUCUGAUCAUUUUGCUACACGUUAUCUAUCUGUCUGUCUGAUGCCUCGCUGCCUCAAUGUGGCUCUAUCUUUCUGAUCUUUAUGACUGAGUGACCUUAGUGACUUCCUCUAUGAAAACUGUCUCUAUCAAGCUCUUCACUUUUCUGUGUGUUUUAAAACUGGCUUACACUUUUUUUAAGCUCUUCACACCUUCUCUGUGUUAAACCAUUGAAGCUAGAUAUGACAGAAUGUAGGCAUCAGAUACAGACAGAUGGAUAAGUAGGAAGCAAGACAGACAUACCUUCUCUGUUGCUGUGAUGUGUUGUUAAGUCACUGUCCUAUAGUUUAUAUGCUUUAUAUACAUAUAUAUUUACAGAAGCUAUUAUAUAUUUACAUUACUGUUUCUGUGUCAAUAAAAGUAAUAUGUAAGAGAUAGUACACUUGAAAUAGCUCUGCUGUUUUGUGAUGAAUUAAUGUAAGUAAUUGAAGUAUAAUAGUAAAGUAUUAGGAAGGCUGUUCCACUCACUGGCAACGAACACCAUCUUGCCUUUCUCCGAUUGUCUGAUCUCUGUGCUCCUUGAACUACUCUCUCUUCAGCAGAGUGUGCUGUGCAUGUCUGUCAGGAGCAACACUGACUGCCUUACUCUUACUUCCUACUGCUGGAAGAAUCAUUUAGGGUCUUACAUUUAUAAUACAACUUGAGCCAUUUUAACAUUUGUACUUAACUUAUGAGUGUGUGCAAUUGUCGAUCUCAUUGUAUGAUUCCUUGACAUCAAAGUGCAAUAUUGCAUAUUUAACUAAUGAGUAUUUGAGCAUCAUCAGGUAUUUUUACUACAAGAUGUGUACCAGUUGAAAAAUGACAUACAUUCCCCAAGAUAUGUUCACAUUGACAUGAAACAAGCCAUGUUUUACUCCCACGAAUAAUAAUUUUAAUUGGAGACUCA